AUGCCUCCUCAGCAGCGCCGCGUGCUGAUCAUCGGCGGCAGCUUCGCGGGCCUGGCCGCGGGCCGGGACCUGGCCAGCCACUACUUGGUGACCAUCAUCGAUGCCAAGGAAUUCUUCGAGUACACUCCGGGAGUGCUCCGUGCCUACGUGAAGCCCAAGCACUUGGAUGCGCUGACCUUCACGCUGCAGCCUGUCAUUGAGACCCGCAUGGCCUGCAAGUACAUCUGGGGCGAGGUGAAGGAACUGAACGGCGAGCAGAAGACUGCGACCUACAAGCCCAUGUUCCAGUCAGACCGGGAGACCAUCGACUUCGACUUCUGCAUCAUCGCGGCCGGGUGCAACUUCGGGCCGUUCCACAAGUGGGGGGAGUCGCUGUGGUUCCCGACCAUCCACGAGGAAGCUCGACCGGAAGGCUCUUGGCCGCACCUGGACGAGCGCUUCCUGGAGGGCCGCCGCAGGCACGUCCUCGAGGAGUACAACACCAUCAAGGCCCUGAACGACAAGGCCGCCUCCAUCCUGGUGGUGGGUGCUGGCUUCAUUGGAGUGGAGUGGGUGACUGAGCUGCAGCAUUUCUUCCCAAAGCUGAAGCUCACCAUCAUCGACUUCCUGCCCCAGCCCCUGGGCCCCCUGCCCAAGUCGGCAGCCACGUACUGCGAAAACUACAUGAAGAAGGUUGGCAUCAAGCAGUUCUACAACACCAAGUACGAUGCCAAGAGCCCCGACUUCUGGAACGCCAUCGGCCUGCCAAGUGGCCCCGACAAGGAGUACGUGUGCAUCGGCGUGAAGGCGUCCAACUACUUCAUGCCCAAGGAGACCCUGAGCGAGAAGGGCCCCGGUGGCGGUGGCUGGAUUCUGAUGGACAUGAACCUCGGGGUGAAGACUCGCGAGGGCAAGCCUUGGGGAGCAGAUGACAAGGGCUACCCCAGGAUCUUUGCGGUGGGUGACUGCAACUACUCUUGCGUUGAGGCGCCCGGCAAGAAGCCGGAUGAGUGGCCCAUCCCGCCGAUCCCCAAGAUCUCCUACCCGGGUGAGGAGAUGUGCAUUGUGGCCUGCAAGAACAUCGAACACAUUGACAAGAUGCUGUUCCAGAACAAGACCACGGACUGCUGCGGCGGCGAGCUGAAGGUUGUCGACAUGCACUGGCCUUGGGGUGCAGGCAUGUUCGCCACCUCGCUUGGUCCAGAUGACGCCUGCUUCGUGGCAGGUGCCAAUUGGGAGAAGAACUCCGGGCUUUGCUGCGUGUGGGGACAGGUCUGCGCCGUUCAGAAGGAGUUCAUCGAGGCCUCCAAGACUGACGAGUGCGCCUAUGGCUUCAUCGGCCGUUGCAUUUGGUACUUCGUCCACCACACGCCUGUCCCGCAGAGUCUCUUGGCCCAAGUUUUCCUGUUUGAGUUCAGCUUGGUCAUCGACAUGCCUCCUCAACAGCGCCGCGUGCUGCUCAUCGGCGGCAGCUUCGCAGGCCUGGCAGCGGGCCGGGACCUGGCCAGCCACUACUUGGUGACCAUCAUCGAUGCCAAGGAAUUCUUCGAGUACACUCCGGGAGUGCUCCGUGCCUAUGUGAAGCCCAAGCACUUGGAUGCGCUGACCUUCACGCUGCAGCCCGUCAUUGAGACCCGCAUGGCCUGCAAGUACAUCUGGGGCGAGGUGAAGGAACUGAACGGCGAGCAGAAGACUGCGACCUACAAGCCCAUGUUCCAGUCAGACCGGGAAACCAUUGACUUCGACUUCUGCAUCAUCGCGGCGGGGUGCAACUUUGGGCCUUUUCACAAGUGGGGUGAGUCCCUCUGGUUCCCCACCAUCCACGAGGACGCGCGACCGGAAGGCUCUUGGCCGCACCUGGACGAGCGCUUCCUGGAGGGCCGCCGCAGGCACGUCCUCGAGGAGUACAACACCAUCAAGGCCCUGAACGACAAGGCCGCCUCCAUCCUGGUGGUGGGUGCUGGCUUCAUCGGAGUGGAGUGGGUGACUGAGCUGCAGCAUUUCUUCCCAAAGCUGAAGCUCACCAUCAUCGACUUCCUGCCCCAGCCCCUGGGCCCCCUGCCCAAGUCGGCAGCCACGUACUGCGAAAACUACAUGAAGAAGGUUGGCAUCAAACAGUUCUACAACACCAAGUAUGAUGCCAAGAGCCCCGACUUCUGGAACGCCAUCGGCCUGCCAAGUGGCCCCGACAAGGAGUACGUGUGCAUCGGCGUGAAGGCGUCCAACUACUUCAUGCCCAAGGAGACCCUGAGCGAGAAGGGCCCCGGUGGCGGUGGCUGGAUUCUGAUGGACAUGAACCUCGGGGUGAAGACUCGCGAGGGCAAGCCUUGGGGAGCAGAUGACAAGGGCUACCCCAGGAUCUUUGCGGUGGGUGACUGCAACUACUCUUGCGUUGAGGCGCCCGGCAAGAAGCCGGAUGAGUGGCCCAUCCCGCCGAUCCCCAAGAUCUCCUACCCGGGUGAGGAGAUGUGCAUUGUGGCCUGCAAGAACAUCGAACACAUUGACAAGAUGCUGUUCCAGAACAAGACCACGGACUGCUGCGGCGGUGAGCUGAAGGUUGCCGACAUGCACUGGCCUUGGGGUGCAGGCAUGUUCGCCACCUCGCUUGGUCCAGAUGACGCCUGCUUCGUGGCAGGUGCCAAUUGGGAGAAGAACUCCGGGCUUUGCUGCGUGUGGGGACAGGUCUGCGCCGUUCAGAAGGAGUUCAUCGAGGCCUCCAAGACUGACGAGUGCGCCUAUGGCUUCAUCGGCCGUUGCAUUUGGUACUUCGUCCACCACACGCCUGUGCACCUUUUCGGCGGUGGCCCUCGCUGGGGCUACUAAGAGCCAUGUGUCGCGAGCAGGUUCCGAGUCUGGCACUCCGAUUUUUGCGCAAAAAGCGGAGUGCCGGAGAGCAGUCUCGCGCAGGUGAAGCUGCCGCAGGAUUGCUUUACGUGUUAGACCCACAUUUGGAACUCCGCCCCGUGUCGCGGCAGGUGG